CGCGUAUUGUGACGUAACCGAGCGCACAGCUGGGACAUCAAAGAGGAUAAACGCGUCUCUGUCCUCUUGUCCUUAAGCGCUUUUAGUGAAAGCGGAUAUAUUGUUCGUGAGUUUGUCUUUGGUUUCUGAUCGGUCACCGCAUCGGGAAUGAUUUCAGCACCGCGGACAGCGACUGACAGAACAAAACUCCCGUACUGCCACGAGUCUUUUCAUAACCUUCAGGAGUUGAGACACAGUGCGUCUCUAGCCAAUAAGGUCUUUAUUCAGAGGGACUACACGGAUGGCACCAUCUGCAAGUUCCAGACCAAGUUCCCCUCUGAGUUAGACAGCAGGAUUGAGAGGACGCUGUUCGAGGACACUGUGAAGACACUGAAUAAUUACUAUGCGGAGGCAGAGAAGAUCGGAGGCCAGUCCUACCUCGAGGGCUGCCUCGCCUGCAUCACUGUUUACCUCAUCUUCCUGUGCAUCGAGACACGUUAUGAGAAGGUGCUGAAGAAGAUCUCGUGGUACAUACAGGAGCAGAAUGAGAAGAUCUAUGCUCCUCGAGGCCUGCUCAUCACGGACCCUAUAGAGAGGGGCAUGAGAGUUAUUGAGAUCAGCAUGUAUGAGGAUCACGGCUCCAGCGGUUCAACCUCAGGAAGCAGCACAACUUGCAGCAGUGGACGAUGAUUUUCACACACACACACACAAACACACACACACACACACACACACACACACUGUAGCAUUCACUGUACCAACACUCAACACUCACUCGCUCAUGACUGAUGCCUUCAUACUAAUGCUCACUGAAGAGAAACAUCAUCCAUUUAGCAUCAGCAAACAAAACCAGACUGAGAUCACCCACCGCACGAGAACCGCCUCCUCAAGACACGUCAUAUCAGCUGUAAGCAGCACAACAUUACCUCACGUCUGCACGUCAUCUGAUAACAGAAUCUGCACAUGACCUUCCAGCACCUUCAGAAACCUGCAGAUCUCAGUCACCUGGCUGUAGUAUUCUGGUUAAAGUUCACAUAAGCUUCCAUCACUGUAAUAUGCAAAUUCACUCCCACCGUGUGAUGUAGCGGCCAAUCGGCACACAACAGUCUUCCAUUGCAACUGACAUUUGUGUGAUUUUUUACCCUUUUUGUUUGAGGUGUUUGGACAUCAUUGUAAUUAUAAUUUUAAUAUAAUUCAGAUUUUAGAAGAUCAGUAAGGAAUAGUUUGCCCAAAAAUGAAAAUUCCAUGUCGUGCCAAAUCUGAUUCUUCAAAAUUCCUUGUGUGUUCCAGAGCAAAAAAUAACAAUUAAAAAGAAGCAGCAUAUGCAUUUGGAAUGACAUGAGGGGGAGUAAAUAAUGACAGAAUUUUUAUUUUUGGGUAAACUAUUCCUUCAGGACAGAAAUCUGACUCUAGAUCAGUGUGACCACACUCAGAUGUUUUAUAAAGACCUCAGACACUGCCAUUUUUUCCCCAUGGGGACUAUAUAUGUUACUUUUUACAUCUGUUUUAUUUUAUAGUGUGGUAAUCACUCAUGCUUUUUAAUCAUUAGAGCACAAAAAAAAAAAAUUAAAAAAAAGCCUGAAAACAUUACUGCCAAGGGCCAGAACUUCCUGAAACACAUUAUCCCUCAUUAAGAGCUUCCAUUUCCUAUUAAGAACUUUUGGUGAUGUCUAUUUAUGCAAAGAGAAAAAAAAUCAAGAGUUCUUUUUCUGUUGUGUAGCAAAGUAAAUAAAUGAAAAAAUGAUGGAUAA